AUGGCUCCUAUUCACUUAGCGUGUAGUAAGGGAGUGAACUUGGUCCAGUACAUUAUAGAACACAUACCAUCGUCACUUGAGCUACUUGACAGAGGACGUGGUUGUACUCCAUUCCUUACUGCAGUGUACUUCAAUCAGUUAGAAGUUAUUAAAUAUCUUAUUAGUAAGAAGUGUAAUCUAUCAGCUACUGAUAAUGAAGGGUCUGGAGCAGUUCACAUAUCAGUAGCAAGGGGUCACUUUAAUGUAGUGAAGUAUCUCAUUGAUAAUAAUUACUGUAAUCCUAAUGUAACCAAUCAUCAAGAUUUUACACCACUACAUCUUGCUGUGACAGCUAAUAGAUAUAGAAUAUUAGAAUAUUUACUGAGACGAAAGGAUAUGGUAUCUCUAUUACUAGAAGCCAGUCUAUCAAACAAUAAUCUAUUAAUUACUAACAAGGAAAGACAGACACCAUUACACAUAGCAGUUGCCUCUGGACAUGAUGACACUGCUGAAACUUUACUGUCUUCAGUCACUGGUAGUUCUACUCAUCAUGAUCUCCUUAUAGCUACUGAUAAUGAAGGAUCCACCGUAUUACAUACAGCUUGCAGUGAUGGCAAUAUUGAUAUGUUUCAUUAUUUGGCUAGUAUUUAUCCUCAAGGUGUUAAUGUAAUAGAUAAUAGAGGACGUGGUUUACUUCAUGCAGCAUGUGAAGGAGGAGAUAUCAGAAUAGUAAGAACAAUAAUCGAGACACAUGGACUAGAUCCUGAAUUAGAAGAUGAAGAUGGAAUCACCUGCUUGCAUUUAAUAAAAAGAAUUUAUAUAUACGAGUAUUUGAAGCCAAACAUUGAAUCUAACCCAACACCUAAAGACAAGUCUGGUCGUACUCCUCUUCAUUAUGCCUCUCGUUCUGAUAAUAUUCGCAUGGUACGUUAUCUCAUAGAGACCUUCCCCUGUACUCCUGAUGAUCCUGAUAAUGAUGGAUACACUUCAGUUCAUGGAGCAUGUGAAGCUGGUAGCAUAGAGUUAGUACAAUACUUUCUAACUGAUCUCAACUGUAAUGCACUUGCUGAAACUAUUGAUCACAAAACAUUGCUUUAUUAUGCUACUAUCAGUUCUAAUUUAGAGCUUGUUAGGUUUUUAGUUAUUAAAUUUGGUUUAAAACCUCAUCCACAUGAUAUUGAUAUAGCUAAAGCAGUUAAUCCUGACUCAGCAUUAGCUAACUAUCUUCAACAGAUCUUUGAUGAUAUGAUAUUUGAUAUGAUCGAGGAAGAAAAGAGAAUGAAGGAGGAAAUUCAUCACGAGAAACAUGAGCAGGAACAAAUCGACCCGCAAAUACAUGACAUUGUAUCUUAA